UUAACAGAAAUUGCCCUAGGUAAAGGUGUAUUUGAUCAAGCUAAUGAAGUCUGUGGAAUUAAAGAUCCAGCAGCUGUUCCAUUAGACUUCAGGAACGAGGAGCACCCUAAUAUUCCAGUUUAUGAAGCCAUAAAUCAGAAAGUCCCAUUAAAGGAACUUGAGAACCAAUGGAAGGAGGAGAGAAGAGAAGGAGAAGACUAUAGCAAAUUGAAAAAACCCAACUGGAGGCUUAAGAAAAGAUUUGAUGAGAUAUCUGCUAUUCCUUCGCCUGAAUUUUCUCCACCCCGAUCUCUCUUCAAGCCUCGCUCGGAGUUUGAGGAGAUGACCAUUCUGUAUGAUAUAUGGAAUGGAGGAAUAGAUGAGGAGGAUGUCAAAUACAUGUGCAUCACUUAUGAUAGGCUGCUACAACAGGACAAUGGCAUGGACUGGCUUAAUGACACUCUUUGGGUCUACCAUCCUCCAACCAGUGUUUUUUCCCCCAAAAAGAAGAAACGGGAUGAUGGACUACGAGAACAUCUUACAGGCUGUGCUCGUAGUGAGGGCUAUUAUAAAAUUGAUAAGAAAGACAAACUUAAAUACCUCAUUAAU